UAUCAACAGGACAGGAGAAUGAAAUGGUAUUUGAAUUGCACGCCACUGUGUUUGGAAUGUUUUUAAAACAGCACAAGUAUUUUUUCUGCCCAGUGUUGACGAGAAUGCGCCAUUUUGACCGUCCCUGCUAUGGACGCAAGCCUAUAUUAAAUGUACCACAAUACAACGUGCGAUGAUUUGCGUCUUUGGUGGUCCGGAAUUAAUUAAUUUCGCGGCAACGCUCAGAUUUUGUUGUUGUACCUACAAAAUAAUAUUUUUGUAUAGAAAUCAUUCUUGUGUAUUCAGCUUCUGCAUAUUAAAAUUCGUUCUGUUUUUGUUUUGUGUUUGUUUUUUAGGCUAACUAAAUAUGAACAGAUUUUUGUAUAGGAUCUCCUCACGUAGAAGGAGGUCGUCUUGGAAUUCGGGUAUUCUAUCCUCUUCCCGUUGUUAUAAAGGACUAGCUUCAAAACAAAGCACUGACGAAAAUGUUAUAGACUUGCGUUCUGAUACAGUUACACGACCUACUCAGGGUAUGUUAACAUCAAUGUUUGCAGCAAAAGUGGGCGAUGAUGUAUUAAAAGAAGACCCAACCGUUAAUAAGCUUGAAGAAAAAUGCGCGGAGAUGUUUGGUAUGGAAAAGGCUUUGUUCGUACCCAGUGGCACGAUGGGAAAUUUACUAUGUUUGAUGUCGCACGUUGAGAAUCGUGGUGAGGAACUUAUUAUCGGUGAUCAGCAACAUGUAUAUAUGUAUGAGCAAGGAAACUUCAUGCAGCUUGCUUCAAUACCUGCUAAAGUUUUGCCCACUGAAAGGGAUGGCACUUUAAGUUUGGAAAAUAUCCAAAACGCUAUCCAGGAUGAUUCAGAUUUCCAUUUGUGCAGAACAAAACUGAUCUGUCUUGAAAAUACGCACUUGUUAGCGGGAGGUGUUCCUCUACCGUUGGAAUAUUUAAAAAAAGUGAGACAUAUCGCAGAUGAUCGCAAUCUUAAAGUUCAUGUAGAUGGCGCGCGUGUUUAUAACGCAGCUGUCGCGCUGAACUGUGAAGUGAAAGAAGUACUAGAAAAUGUUGAUUCGGUCUCCAUGUGUUUGUCGAAAGGUUUAGGAUGUCCGGUCGGUUCCGUGAUAGGUGGAAGCGAAGAUUUUAUUAAAAGAGCGAUGCGUUUACGAAAACCUCUUGGAGGUGGAUGGCGUCAGUCUGGAUUUCUUGCUGCUGCUGGAUUAUACGCCUUCAAAAAUGCGCGCAGUACACUAGCUACUGAUCAUUCCAAUGCUCACCAUCUAGCAAGUGGAAUCAAAGAAUUACAUUGUUCUGAGGUGUUAGAUGUGGAUUUACAAAAUGUUAGAACCAAUAUUGUAAUGGCUGGAACUAAUCGUACAGACGCUAAUGUUGUCGUUGAAGCGUUACGAAAAAGAGGGGUACUAGCCAGCGCAAUGACUUCAUCAAGGAUACGUUUUGUUACACAUUUGGAUGUUAGUCGAACGGAUAUUAACAAUGCUUUAGAAAUUAUACAGCAAGUGACGAAAAAUAUUUCUAAUCAGCUAUAGUAGUAAAUGCCUCUUAAAUAACCGCAGUAUAAUUUUAUAUUUACUAAAAAAUUAUUUCUAUUCUGUCUUUUG